UUUUCCCCUAUCUCGUCGUCGGUCGGAGGAAGAUCAGAGUCCUCGGUCGGAGGAGGAUCGGAGUUGUCGAUAACCACAUUCUCUCCGAUUCCGUGUUCUUCUCCGGACUCAAGCAAUAAAGAUCACACUUCUUUAAAUAUUCAUUUCCAUUUCGUUUGGCCGGCUCGAUAACAGCGCCCUGUCCGGCGAACUCCCGGCACCGCCCCCUGCAAAUUUAUGAGGUCGAGAUCCCGGUACUCGAUACAGUGACUACAGUAGGAGCUAAAGGGAUGGAUCCUGCUCUGAGAUGGGUACUGUUGUUAAUGCUUUCUGGGUUUGUAGUGAAUGCUGCUUUUGUCAAAGCUGAUUUCGGGUAUUGUGAAAGAGUGGUAAAAGGGUGGGCGGCUUCUUCACUUGAUCAAGAAUUCAAGGAAGACAAACAUAUACUCAAGGAUAUGCUGUUUUUCCUCCAUGUACCACGAACGGGAGGACGCACAUACUUUCACUGUUUCUUGAAGAGGUUGUAUUCUAGUUCCCUAGAAUGUCCCCGUUCUUAUGACAAGCUACGAUUUGAUCCAAGCAAGACAAAAUGCAGAUUGCUGGUUACACAUGAUGACUAUAGCAUGAUGUCUAAACUUCCCAAGAACAAAACAUCAGUUGUCACAAUACUUAGGAAUCCACUUGAUCGUGUUUUUAGUACUUAUGAGUUUUCUGUGGAGGUAGCAGCCAGGUUUUUAGUUUAUCCUAAUUCGACUUCUGCAAAACAAAUGACUCGACGUAUACGUACUAAGAAUAAUAAUGCUGUAAGUACACUGGAUAUUUGGCCAUGGAAGUAUUUGGUUCCUUGGAUGAGAGAAGAUCUUUUUUCUCGGAGAGAUGCUAGAAGACUUAGGGGGAUUGAUGAUGUCAAGAGCAGUGAUACAUACGACAUGGGGGAUAUUCUAAUGCCAUUAGAGGAAUACAUCAAUGACCCUAUAGCUCAUGAUAUUGUCCAUAAUGGAGCUACAUUUCAGAUUGCAGGAUUAACAAACAACUCAUAUUCAGAUGACUCACAUAAAGUGCGACACUGUGUACAGAAGCACAAAGCUCUUGGUGAAUAUGUGCUUCAAGUUGCAAAGAAGAGGUUGGACAACAUGUUAUAUGUUGGACUUACAGAGGACCACCGCAAAUCUGCAACAAUGUUUGCGAAUGUGGUUGGUGCCCAGGUGAUUUCUCAGCUGGUGGCAUCAAAUGCUACUGGGGAUGGGGAGGCUAACAUCAAAUCAGAAGAGAGCUCUUCUUUCUCAGAUUCAGAGCUGGAUGAUAAUCAUCAACAGAAUAGCACCUCAGAGAAAAGGGUGGCUAAGACAACAUCAACAAAGAGCACUGCAGGAAAUAAUGAAAAUAUGACUGUGGGAAAGUUAAUGAGUGCGUAUGGAACCUGUAUUUCUGGCCUGCGGAAGACUCAAGCACGUCGGCGCACUAAUUCUUUGAAGGGAAUAUCACCGGCAAACUUUUCGAAGGAGGCACGCCUUCAUGUUUCUGAGGCAGUUCUUCAGCAGAUAAGAUCACUUAACAGCCUUGAUUUGGAGCUGUAUGAAUAUGCCCAGGACAUCUUUGGAAAGCAACAAAGGGAAUCCGCAGAGAUGUUGUUUGCCAUGGAGGGAUUGGAGGACAUGUUCAAAUAUUCAGUUGACAUCAGCCUUUGGAAAUUCAUGUUGUGGGCCAUGCUGCUUGUAUUGCUCUUUAUAUUUGUAAAUGCCAGAAGAAAAACAUCAAAAGUGAAGAUAUGAAUAUCUAUUACUUAAAUCGAUUACAGCAAGAUGAAGUUUUAUAAAUUGGAUGGAAGAAAAGUAGGGAUUGGCACAUUUCCCUUCUAAUUGAAGGCCACAAUCCCAUGUGAGUCUCAUACAUGAACGGCCUUAGCUUUUUUGUUAUAGAAUGAAUUAGAUUAAAGCUUUUAGAUCCAUUUUAUAUUUUAGUCUAAUUUUCUAUUCUUCCUCUUCUUGGUGUGUUUUGGUCAUGGUCAUGGUCAUGCAAGCAGGUGGGUGCUUAUUUAGUCUUAAAAUCUGUUAGUUUCGUUUGUUUUUGUUUUGCCAAAGAAUCUGUGAGUUUCAACGAGGGGGAUAUUUUAACUA